GGAAAAAGGGUCUGUUAUUGACCACAGGAAUCACUGGGUCACUGGUCAGGCGUGGCGUGACAAGUCCUAAACACACUCAGUCAGACUGACCGCCAAAAUUUGUUACCACAGCUUGGUACCUAAGACAUUAACUUAAGUAGUAUAUAAAGGAAAGUGCACUCAUUCUCUGUCAUACAUUGUUUUAGCAAGUGCGCCUACCUGUGAACUCGUUUUGUGUUAAAAGAAAAUUUUAACUUUUAACUGAACAUUUUUCUUUGUGAAGUUUCACCAAUAUGUUCUGGAGUACACUCAUCACGAUAUCAUGUGUGGCUGCGUACGCGCACGGUCACGGUAAAGUGAUAGAGCCAGUGAAUAGAGCAUCACUGUGGCGCGUGUUCCCUGACGCCCCAGCCGACUUCAGCGAUGCAGGCCUCAACUGUGGGGGCUUCGGGCAUCAGUAUAAUAGGGUAAAUAAGGGGCGUUGUGGUGUGUGUGGAGAUCCUUAUGACAGCCCCCAGCCUCGAGAUCAUGAGUUCGGCGGGAAGUAUGGACAGGGACGCAUCGUCGCCACCUACCGACAGGGUGACGUCAUCACCACUAAAGUGGACCUCAGUGCCAGUCACAUGGGCUACUGGGAAUUCAGACUAUGCGAAAACCCUGAAGACAAUACCCAGCAAUGCUAUGAUAAGCAUCUUCUGGAAUUAGUAGAAGGAGGGACCAGGUACUAUCCGAAGAAAUCUGGAAUUUAUGCUGUGAAAUACCACCUGCCUGCUGAUGUGGUGUGUGAGCACUGCGUGCUGCAGUGGAAGUACACGGCGGGCAACAACUGGGGCGUCUGUGAGGAUGGUACGGGGGCCCUCGGCUGCGGCAACCAGGAAACCUUCUACUCUUGCUCAGAUAUCAGCAUCAGCUCUGAUGAUGAUAAUUACCUUUAAAGCUUUUCACAAAUAGCAUAUCUUGAUGUGUUCAUAUCCGUUUGAUGUUUCUUCUAGAGUUAGUAAAUUAUUUAUUGAUGCCAUACAAUAAACAUUGUUUUAAGACAUA